AUGAGCGAAAUGGGAAGGAAAAUGUUCAAACGCAAAACGCAGAAAAAGUGCGAGAUGGUCAACCAGGGAGUACCGGCAGUGAUUUGGCUCAAAGAAGGAAUCCGGAAAGUGGAGCUAGCUCUAAGAGAACUGAACCAAGAAGCUCAACAUCUGGUAGAACUUCAAAAAGCCACAGAAGCUCAAGAAGCGAGGGACGCAGCUCGAAGGGCGAGAAAGAGGAAGGGAGACGCAGAGGAUCAAAGAAAGUGCAAAUCGACAACGCCAAUGGAGGAACAAAGCGAGACUCCAAAGGACGUCCUCGAGAAUCCACAAAAUCUAAACGAAAAUCCCGAGAAAGUCGAGAAAGAACCAUACGAUCCCAAUCGACCAAAAACACCUCAACAAAAAGUUUUUCUUUAUAUCGCCUUCGUCAUUUACUUUAUUAUACCAUGUCUACUCGUAAUCACCGCUAUUGGAUACACAGCUCUCAAAGAUCAACCUCGGCUACCAGACAACACGGAUUCUUCAGUUUCCGAAGAUAUCUACCUCAAAUGUUUUUUGUACUCGCGCAACGCAGAAAUACCAGGCUUGGAACAGGAGGAUAAAUUUAUGUGCAGUAUGUACCCGCUUUACAAGAUCGUGAAAUAA